AGGCACUCUUCAGCUAUGGUGAGAUUAUUUAACUGCAGCAAGCUGGAGAGGUGCAGUUCACUGAGGUUGUUAACUGUGGAGACACCAACCUGCUGCCAAGUAGGAUUUGCUGUUCUGUGAUACUAAUGAGUUCCAGAUUGAGAGACUAGACUGCUGUGAUCUCCCUUAACCACUACACUGCAGGGACUCUGUGUGACUGGUCUCCUUCACAGGAACAGUCGGAAAGCAGCGAGCUCCAGGUGGCUCUCAAGAAUUUCGCUGCCAAAAAAAGCCCACGCUGGAAAGUCCAAAGGGGCUCCCUAGAGGGAGUUGGGUUCAGCCCGGAAGAGAGUGAGAUUAGUAAAGCAUGAUUAUACAACCCAUGCUGGUGGCCGUCUGUCAGAGGGAAGAGGAACAGUAACGGCAAUUAGCAAGACUGAAAGCUUCAGAAGGCUUACAAUCAGUGAUCUGCAUAGUUCCCUCAGAAGAAUUUUCUUCCAGUACUUGAUUUCAGAUGUCCACUGCUGUCUGAUCCAUAACUGGCUGACACGCCACUGCGGUUUGAAUUAGCUUUCUGUGUCGUCGUCAAGGGAAAGUGAACUUACUGCAGGACUUUGUUCACCUUUCUGGAGUUACAUUAUCAACCAGUACUCUGAGAAGGACGUUAACAGAAACCAAAGAUAUAAAAAUAAAAGCACCAAAGGGAUAUUUGAAGAGCUCAGUAACUUCGUUACGGAAGUAAAAGAAAACCCGCAUUGGAUAUGAUUUAUCACCUGAAGUAUGGAUAUUGAUGAACGACAUUCAAAGGAUAACAGGGGUCAAACAGAGAAGACCAGCAACAAACUCUCAACCUGCCGCAUAAGUGUCCUUGGUAUUCCAGCAUGUUUCUUUUUAUGAGACUAUUUCUAGUGCUAAGAGCUUCACUACAAUGUGGAAAUGGAUACUGACAAAGGGUGCCUCUGCCUUUACACACCUGGCUUAUGUCUUUCUCCUCUUCCUGAUCUGUUCUUCGUCUGUUGCCUCCAAUGACAUCAGCAGAGAUAUGCGGUCUCCAAAUAUCACAAGCUCUUCAUACAGCCUGGGAAGGCAUGUGCGCAGCUACAAAUACCUGGAAGGAGAUGUGCGGUGGAGAAAGCUGUUCUCUUUCACCAAAUACUUUCUCAAGAUCGAUAGGAAUGGCAAAGUUGGUGGAACAAAGAAGGAAAACUCUCCCUUCAGUAUACUGAAAAUUACAUCUGUGGAAGUCGGGGUUGUUGCUAUUAAAGCAAUUAGCAGCAAUUAUUAUUUGGCCAUGAACAAGAAUGGAAAGAUCUAUGGCUCAAAAGACUUUAACGUUGACUGCGAACUUAAAGAGAGGAUAGAAGAGAAUGGUUACAACACCUAUGCUUCCAUGAGGCGGAAGCCGCAAAAAGGACGGCAAAUGUUUGUGACCUUGAAUGGAAAAGGGGUUCCACGGAGAGGGCACAAAACAAGACGGAAACACCCAUCAGCCCACUUUCUGCCAAUAGUGGUGAGACAUGAUGUCUCUAUAAUAUCAGACUAAAAUAGGUGUGGACAUAGCACCACAUUCAUGAGCGCUGGUCUUAAUUCAACGUUACAUUUAUUUCCUAACAUCGCACGACUCUAUUAAAGUAUGGAAGUCCUAAUGAAGAAUAUUAUCAGAGCUCAGGCAGUAAACUCACAGACAUCUGCUUGUAAAACUUUGAACAAGCCUUUGAUAUUCAAAAUGACUCUUACUGGCACAAGGGGUUCCCAUGCCAGUAAAGAAUGAUGCAAAUUGAAGAGAACAUAUUUCAUUGGCAGCCAAUGUCAAAAUGUCUUGUGAUGCAACCUGAAGCACGAGAGACAAUGCAGUUGUACAAUGUUGUGUGAUCUUCGUGAGAAGAUGUUAUUUAUGGAGUCCUACCCCAUAUCAAAGACAUAUGCUCAUCCAAGCAUGAUUAUCCAUUGAGUGGUUAAACACGCAUUUAUCUGGAAGCACUUUGGAUCAGAUGUGAGAAGAACUGUUUUUUUGUAACUACACUUCAGCACAACAGACAGGACCCAUCAAAUGCAGAAAAUAUUAAUCUGCUCUGACAAAAUAAGUCUUGAUUUUGCUCUUUAAUCGAUCAAUUCUAAGCUCUACAUUUAAACUGCUUUGUUUACAAAGCAUGUUAAAGUCCACAAAAUAAAUAGUUGCAAAAUUAAACUUGAUUUUGAUGAUUGAUUAAAAAUAAUCUCUAGAAAGUAAAUACACUAGUGAUAAUAAAUUAGUAUUAAAGUUAUGGCACAAUAUGUUAAUCUUAAAAUGUCCCCUAUGUUCAAAACAAGAUUUAUUUUGAUGGAGCAGGUUUAACAAAAUAUCAGUAUACACCCAUUUCACUUUGUAACACACUGAGUUGCAUAAAGCUCCUAUUACAGUGAGUAGAAGAACACUUAGUAGUUAAAUUGUAUUUUGUUCUAAAUACCUUUAAAGAUAUUUCUAUUAAGAUUAAUAUUGAUGCUGCAUUUUCUUCAUACUUUGUUGUUGUAAAAUGGUUUGUUUAUUUUUGUUGUUUGGGAAUAGUAUUUUUGGUAUGAAGAAACAUUUUUGGCAAGUUGGUCUGUAGAUUUCUUCCCAAAUUUAAUCUCUUUGUUGCUGGUAUCUCAUUAUUAUUUAACGUGCCAUUCCAGGCAUUUCUGUCCAUCACAUCAGAUGUUUAAAAAUGUUAUAUGUUUGAUCACUUGCUGUACAAAAGAUGUUUUCUAUGUUGCAUAGUGAAAAACCAUUUGAUCACAUUACAGGUUUCAUUAAUAAAGUUGAUUGUCUCCAAAACAUGGGACAGUAUAUCCAA